GCACAUCUAGGGGAAAUGGUUUACGAUCAUUUGUUCAAGCUCGCACCAAAUGUUACCUCCUUGUUCACCAAGUCGAGAGAAUACAUGGCAAUCAAGAUGGGAGACAUGUUGUGCAUGUUAGUAUCUUUUGCGGACGAUCCAGAUAAUAUGAAGCAGCAAGUUUCCUGGCUUGGAUUGCGGCAUGUCAACUACAAAGUCAGGCCACAUCACAUACCAUUAAUGGGACCUGUCUUCAUGACCGUGCUCGCAGAGGCAUCGGGCGAGUACUGGACGGAAGAAAUGGAGAAAUGCUGGGGAAUCGUAUUCAAUAUGGUUUGUGAGAACAUGUCAGAAGCCAUUCAGGAUGGCGAGGAUUAUGCGCUCUCU